UGAGCAGACGACAAGCCUCGUUUUGAUGUCGAGGAUGAUUUAUGCAUAAGUCUAUGUGUUUAGAUGUGGAUGCUGAAUUCAAGUGAAUGGUGGCGGAGACCAGGUCCAUGUUGUUGCAUCUGUAACCCGUUUUUUAUGAUAUGGAUUUAAAAAUUGAGAACUUUGUGUCAAUUUCUGUGAUAUUUCUGUGAUGUAUGCCUGGAAUAUCAAGCGAUUUGUGUGGUACAAUUGUAAAUAACGUCACCAUUCUAGCCGGUAUAGCUAGCCCAAUGGAACAUUACUGAUGUAUUGGGAGAAACUGAAUCUUACAGGAUUUAUUGAUGACUUCGGUAAUGCGAAGGCAGUCUUCUACGUCAAACGAAAACGACGUGAGGAUGCGCAAUAGCAGGGCCGGUGCGCAUGCUCAAUCCGCCGAUUCGCCACCAUCAUCGCCAGCGCCUGCCGGGGACCGAGGGAGCAGAGCGUGCUGUUUUUGUUGGUGCUGUUGUUGUACUUGUUCAUGGCUUUAUAAUUACAGUUUAGCUGUUAAGGGCACCAACGGAUCUCAGUCGGGCGCGGGGGACAAGAAAUUGACGGGAGUCGUCGUACAAGAAGAACCACCAUCCGUAGAAGAAAUAGCAGCUUGGUCAGAAUCAUUUGACCGUUUAAUGCGGAGUAACAGUGGCCGAACGUUUUUUAGAGAAUUUUUACGAUCAGAAUACAGUGAAGAAAAUAUGUUAUUCUGGUUAGCUUGUGAGGAACUGAAGAAGGAGGAUAAUCCGGAAGUGGUGGAGGAAAAAGCAAGGUUAAUUAAUGAAGACUAUAUAUCAAUUCUCUCUCCUAAGGAGGUGAGCCUAGAUUCCAGAGUUCGGGAAGUUAUAAACCGAAAUAUGGUCGACCCGACCCCACACACCUUUGACGAGGCACAGUUACAAAUCUAUACAUUAAUGCAUCGAGACUCCUAUCCCCGAUUUCUAAACUCACAACUAUAUAAACGACUUUUACAACAAACAUCUUGAACCUUAGCUUUUUCUAAUUGUUCAAUAUGUAGGAAUAAUAUAUUGGUUUAUUUAAUAUACCCUGGCCUUAUAUUAAUGGCGGGGCAAUUGUUCCAGAGACCGGACAUGGUGAUUACGCAUGUGUGAUAUUUGAGGUUGAUGACGUAACCUACAGCUGUUCCAUGGCAUUCAAUGUUUGCAGCAUGAUAUUCAGACGUACUGCCUCGGAUAUCAUCCUCAAAAAUGGUUCCGGAAUCGUCGUUGCUGAUGAACCAAAAAGAUUCGGGCAACAUCGCAUGCCGACGUCGAUAUAAAGUGUAGACAAGUACAACAAUGUUUCCUCGAAAUGAGAAAAAGCAGUUCAUGGGAAGAUCCUUAAGAACAAAGUUGUUAUCUAAACGAGUGUGUGAGACUAAAUGUUAUUGUAUGUUUAAAAUCUAAAUAAGUCUUUGAAUGUGAUUUUAUUAGCUCAAGUGUGAUAUCUGCAGAGAACCUUCAGUUUAGAUACUCAAUCAUUAUGCAGAUAUUCACUUUAAUAGACCAUCAUUUUUAUUUGUAUCUUCAUCGUCAAUGAAAACAUGCUUGUUAACGUAAAUUAACGGGGACCAAUGUAACAAAGCCCUUGAAUUAAUCGAAUAGGACAUCAGGACUUAGCUCGACAUUGUUUUGUUUCAUAACAGUCUCUGUCUAAUUGAAAUCGACAAUGUUUCAUGUUAUACAGGACUUUCUGUCAAAGCUUAGCUCGACAUUCACUCCUGCUGUACAGGACGAAGUCGUUCAAUGCUUGGCUCGACAUUGUUUCCUGUUGAACAGGACACGUUCGAUCAAAGCUUAGAUCGACAUUCUGUCCUGCCGUACAGGACCCAGUCAUUCACAAUUUAGCUCGAAAUGCUUACCUGUUGAACAGGACACGUUUGUUGAAAAUAAACUUGGACGACAUUAUGUCAUGUUUUACAGGACAAAGUCGUUCAAAGCUUAGCUCGAUACUCUUUCCUGUUGUCCAGGACACAGUCGUUCAAAGCUUAGCUCGACACUAUUUCCUGUUGUCCAGGACACAGUCGUUCAAAGUUUAGCUCGACAUUCGUUCCUGCUGUACAGGAAACAGUUAUUCAAAGUUUAGCUCGACACUAUUUCCUGUUGUCCAGGACACAGUCGUUCAAAGUUUAGCUCGACAUUCGUUCCUGCUGUAUAGGAAACAGUUAUUCAAAGCUUAGCACGACACUCUUUCCUUGUGUACAGGAUAAUUUGUUUAAAAGUUGAUAGACACUGUUAACUGUUGUAUAGGACAAGUUAGAUCAAAGCUUAGCACGACACUGUUUUGAGCUGUACAGGACACAGUCGUGCUGAACAGGACAUAUUUGUUCGAAGCUCGAUACUGGUAGCCACUGCCAUGACACUUUGGCUAAAAUAUAGUUCGACACCUUUUCGUGCUGUACAAUAUAUUGUCGGUCAAUGCUUAGCUAGAUACCUUUUCGUCCUAUACAGGACACUGUCUGUCGGUCAAAGUUUAGCUCGACACUGUUUCUGGCUGUACAAGACACUGACGGUCAAAACUUAACUUGGCACGUUUUCCUGCUGCAGAGGACACUUUCGAUUAUUAAAGCUUAGCCUGACACUGUUUCGUGCUUUACAUGACACUGUUGGUCAAAGCUAAGCUCGUUACUGAUUCAAGCUAUACGUUAAUGGUUAACGAAAUGUGCUGUCAAUAUUGCAAGGUAUCUCAAAUGUAUUUUUCAUUAUGUCAAUGAUUUGUGACGUAUUUGGGUAAAACAUUACUUAAGCAAAUUUGGUAUUUGUUAUUAAGCUAGUAGCGUAUGUUGAUUAUUUAUUCGCAAAAUGGAGAAAUAAUACAUUUCCAUGUUUCUGUUCAAUCACUUUGUUCAGUGACAUAUAACAAAACCAAUACGUGUAGUAAUGUUUCCUACGAGAUUCAUUGUAAAGUUUGUUUUACACUUUUGUGUUUUUUAUUUUAGUAAUUAUUGGUGAGACUAACCAUGCUUUAAAUUUUUUGGCCGUGUAGAACAAUUGCAUAUUUAUAUGUAAACUAGAGGAGGCUAAUUUAGCCUGCUUUUGUGUACGGUACGUACGAGGCGAUCUGACGAUUUUGACUUUAAAAGAGAUAGGUAAUGACUUAAUUCUGUACCUCCACUGUUGAAAGGUAAUGACUUAAUUCUGUACCUCCACUGUUGAUAGGUAAUGACUUAAUUCUGUACCUCCACUGUUGAUAGGUAAUGACUUAAUUCUGUACCUCCACUGUUGAUGCUAGAACUAGUGUGUGUUGAUAGCAAUAAACAUAAACAUUACGUAGCCCCGUACUGUUCAUACACUUCCGGAUGUUCAAGUCCGGGUCUAAAAUUCCGUCAAACAUUUGGUUUUUGCAUUCGACCAAGUACUGUCGGUAUCUCAACUAGACAUUCGUUCAAACAAGAGUGUCUUUUUGCGUUCUCUUAUUUGUUCGGUUAUAAAUUAGAUCUCUUGUACGAAAUACGAAAUUUUGAUUCCGUUCUGUUUCACUUAUUACAUAUGGAAGAGAACUAGACAGUGUGCAUUAAAAACGGUGUAUUGGAUAAAUGGGAGAUAAGUCUAAUUGUAUAACUAAUAUUAAAUGUGGUGACUGAAGUCAACUCGGAUCUGUGUUUUUGAAGUGUUUACAAUAUUUUUGGAACUUUCUUUCCCAAACAUCACAUAUGCCUGGUUUGCCUUCACGUUUAUGUAUAUAGUUAAGUAAUUUGGCAAAUCCUGUCCAAGGUAAGUUACAUUUAGCUAAAAUAUCGAACUACCUUUGUCGAUUUUACAUCUGUAAGGCAUUGACUAGCAGAGGGUCAAACUAGCGAAGUUAAUCACGUUAACCCGUGUCAAGAAAGCAACGUUAAUAUAAUUGCUUACCUUAGUCAGGAUAACAUGGUUGAUGAAUUGAUUAAAAUGGUUAAGUUAACAUCGUUUUUAUAAUUUGAUUUAUCCUGCUUAAGAUAAAUCGUGAAAACGUUGGUGAAGCAUAGGGAAAGUAACAACGUAACUACAUUUGUUAUCCUGAUAUACCAUUUUCGCCAGAAUUGAUAAUAAACGGAAAAUGGAAAUAAUUAUCUUUCGUAUGAAACAUUAAAAAUGCAAACGGGUGCAAAUAUACAAAUAAGUCGCACAUUUAUAUAGUUGUACGAAUGAAGGCCAUUAUGGAAACACUCUUUCAACCCUCAAAUUAAAUAUCUAUUCAUUCCAGUGGGGUCAUAUGUUUAAAAGGUCAUUUGAUUAGUUUAUUUGUUAAUAUUAAAAACAAUACCAAAUAUUGAAUACAUGUACAGUUUCGUAACAAAAAUAAUCUCGAUUUGCCAAAAUUGACGUCAAUUUAAUGCUUUUUUACAUUUUCCUCGGAAUUUUUUGGGCUAUUUAUAGCGCUACUGAAAUUAAAUUUCAAUAUUCUGAAAUAUGUUUUUAAAUGAUAAUCCCAUUAUUUAUUUUUUUACUAAGUUUGAGGUUACUGGUUUUCGAGGUAUGACCAAGUUAUUCCGAUGCGAUCGAUUUUACUAUGCUAUUUUGUUCUUUGUCUUUCAAAAUAAUGUCCAAAUAGUUUUAUUUCAGCAAAGUUUGCAUAUUUUGUAAAUCCUCCAACAAAAUAAUAUAAUAUUAUUGUCCGAUAAAACAUCAGUAAUUUUUUUUCAGGAUGUCACAUUUCAUACCAGAGUCGCUAUACUUGGCUCCUGGUAAUGAUAUGAAAAAAAUUAUAUGCAUGAAAUAAAGUGCGAGUCGAGGCAAAUUGCUAAUACUUUUGACACGAUUCUGUAUAACCAUGAAGUGAUUUAAAGGCAAGAGUGCAGCGAUGUCCCUAAUUAUUCUUCUUUUACGACAAAAAUAGUUCUCACCAAAUCAGGCCACGUAUGGACUAACACAGUAAUUUCGAUCAAAUCAUUGUUAAGAUCCUCCCUUGUGACACUAAUUACCGAGUAGGCAAUCAACGAAUGUUUAAAUGUGAAACGUCCCUUGCGCUGUAUACAAGUACGAGUGUAGUAUCUUCAUUUCCGGAAAGACAAUACACUUGAUAUAUGUGACCAAUAUUUUAUACUUACUGUGAAAUAUCUAUGUUUUUGUUCGGUAAAUGAUGUUAAGUUUUUUUAUAAGAUACACAAUUUGUUUGUCAUGUCUGUCGCAGUUAUAUCUAUUUUCUUUUUUUGUUAAUGAUAUUUUGGUGUUUACUUGUGACUUCCGGUCGGAUCCAGGUUGAGGGUAAUUCUUAAUGUCUAAUAUAUACAGAUCGUAUGAAGGAUGUAAACAGAGGUAAAUGUUUUUGUCCCUUAAUUGUUCACAUCAAAAUAAAAUCCAUGUAUAUCCCUCUUUGUUCUCGAAACAAAGACUAUCUUGAAUUUUUUACAGAUAUAUUAAUUGUGAGAACUUUGAAUACAUAUGACAAUCUCUCCAUUCGGUCGGUACAUUGUUCAUUUGUGAAAAUGCAAGCGUGUCUAGGUACUCAUAUGGAAUUACAAGAGUUUAUACUCAUAUGAACAUAACAUUGAGUGUCUUUACACUCAUGUGAACGUUAAAAGUACUCCUUUGGUCGUCGUGAAAAUCGUGAUUUACAAAUGACGCUCCUUUUAUCAAAAUGGUGAAUUAAGUCUUAUAAGACUAGUGCUUUCUGCAGCUUAGUUUUAAGUAUAUUGUAACCAUUCCCUUGCUUUCUUUGUCGAAAUUCAGCACUGGAAGUAGCGGACACGUGAGCUAGUUCACUGAAUGUUGGUGUCGAAUAGAUCAUAGAGAAAACUUAACCACGUUUAGAAGAGACACUUACCUUAACGUCCUUUACCGCUUUGGUGUCAUGUCAUGGUAACCAGCCGUGGUGGCAUGAAUAGGAAGGGAGGUAAGCGAGGCAUUGAGGAUGUUGGUUUCACCACUACAUAUGCUUACGAAUACUUUAUGAAGUAAAUACUCAAUAUGUUGUCAUGUGUGUAAUUUUGUGAUAUAUGUCAUCACAAAAUAUGUUCUUUGUCUUUAUCUGAUAUUUACAAAUCUGCUUAAAAAAUAUCAAUUAAUAGUUCCAUGUUCUAUUAUUUAAAUCAAACGCACACAGAUCACUAGUCAUUUAUAUGAAUUGGCUUUCUGUUGAACAUAUUUAUUAGUAUAAUAUUUAUUUGCGUGAUAACAGUUGAAUAUACACUUUGCAAAUCCACUACGUAACAUUCAUAUAGGGUUAUUUACGUGGAAGGGUAAUUUUCACGGUAAAAUAGAUACAAUAAUUAACAUUUCUAAUAGAGAAAAGAAAUCUUACAAUUACGAAACCAUAAGAGUAACCACUGUACGAUUAAACAAUUUCCCACAUUAACGAGAAAAUUACACCUCGCGAACGAAAAGCUGUAUAGAAUGUAUUUCCUUUAGACGUGUGCUGUGUUACUGAGGUCGUAUUGGUUGCCUAUAGUGCUGAACUGUAUUAUAUUCCCAGCUUCUGUUAGCCUCCUCAGGGUUUGAGGCACAGCUUUAAGAUACAAAUCCUUGAAUAUUGUAUUUUUAUAAGCUUUUUUUUUUAUUUCAGUCUACUUCAGGUUCUUUUUCGAGACCAUGUAUUAAGGGAAUGCUAUUUAUAUGUAUGUUUGGGUAAAACCAAUAUGCUGAUAUAUUUUUCUUUCAACAUACUGCAUUUCCCACUCAAUCAGAAUUAUCGAAAAUGUUCCUUAAAAUUUACAUUGAAUGCUAACAUAACAAGGCAGUCAUUAUAUUUUUGUUUGUCGGAAGGGCAGGGGGUUAAAUAUGAUAAGGUUAAUAUGAAUAACCCUCACACGGCAUCACUGUGUUUUCAUGAUUGGAUACUUUACAAAUUGAUAACUGUCUACAUUAUACAAACUCAUAUUAAAGGUCAGGGAUAAUGCCAAUGCUAAUUUUUAUAGUGUGUGGCUUAUUGUUGUUGAAUCAUCAUAACAAAUAAUGUGGUUUCCGUUAACAAGUGUUGUUUAUAUUGGUAAUUGUGGGGAAAUGCAGUUUGUUGAAUGAGCAGGAUAAAACUGCUAAGAUCAAACGUCGCGUUAAGCGAUUGGUUGAAUCAAAAUUGAGCCCGCUUUAUUAUUGUAUGAUAUUGUCAGUAGAACUUGACGUAUAGUAUUCCUUAAUGUGACUUUUACAAUUUCUAUCUUUUUGAUGUGACUGUUAUCAUUUGCCAUGCAUAAACUGUUGUCAUUCAACAUACAUAGACUAAUAAGCUUCGCCGAACGGUAACAUUUUAGCGGUUUAUAUCGCUAUUUUAAUGAAAUCUAUAAAACAAAACAUGACACCGUCGUGGUAAUACAAUAUGAAUGAAACUACAAUAUCGAUUGUUUGAAAUUAAUUUUGUUUUUAAAAAGAUUUUGGUAAUCUGUGUUAAAUGUAGGCUGUAUUUGUCUUUCAUAUUUAUGAUAUAAAUAAGGCAAAUAUUUUGAUCGAGGCGUAUUGUUAAUACUUUUAAUAUUGUUCCGACUUAUGUUUUCGAUACCAUUUGAUAUGUUAUGUGUUUAGAUAGAAUGAGUAUGUGGGCACUUUAAAAUGGUUUUGGCACAGACCAUUUUCUUGAGUACUUUGAAUGAUAAUUCGGUACUCCCUGGCCUAUGUAUAAAAGUUCUAUUACACGUUCAGAAUUCUGGAUUUGCAAACAACCGACGGUGAAAACGUAGUUACAUUGGUAUCGUCACACCGGAUGCUGCGAUCAGGAUAUUUUCAUUAUGAACACUGCAAAAGCGUGAAAUAAUUCAUUGACUUAAUAAAUUCUCUGUUCAAUCUUGCUCUUAACGAAUGAGCAAUCGAAAUAUUUGCCAAAAGAGUAAUUUUUAUCUGUAACACCACCUAUUUAUUUAAACUAAGAAGCUCAGGCAGCCGUGGUAGGCGUAUCGCUGUUUUGAUUACAACAUCAUAUUGCUGAAUUAAAGGAGAAUGGUAAGGGAGUUCUGGAUAAUAUUUGGCCGGGGAGUUCUGGAUAAUAUUUGGCCGGGGAGUUCCGGGUAGUAUUUGGCCGGGGAGUUCCGGGUAGUUUUUGGCCGGGGAGUUCUGGGUAUUUGACGGUAUUUUCCGUUAUUUAUAUCUACUUUCCAUGUGAUAUAUGUCUACGUAAUGUAUAUCUCCAUUUUCUGAAGUUUCCCAUGAAUAUGUGUGUAAGCUUGACUCGUAGUUUUGUGGAAAUUACCCAAUUCAGAACAUUCUUUUAUAAUAUGUUUGUUUGAUAACUUUGAGAAAUUAAAGUUAGUACCUUGGCACGAUUCAGGAGAUGUUCAUGGCAUUAAAUAUCUAUUAUAUUGUU